GCUCACGGUCAAGUAAAGAAGCGCGGGCUGUAGUUCGAAGUUGUAGUUUGGAAGGCACGCGCUACGCAUCAUCUCCAGUGAAUCCCGCCAACAACCAACAAAACACCAACCGAAAUCUCCCCCAACCGAUUGUUUACCACCGACUAAAAGUAAUCGAGCACCGAUGGAUUCAGUGUGACUUUAAGUGUGAAAUUGGAAAAAAAACUCAAGCCAGCAAAUUUUCCCCGAAAAAAAAAGUGUCGAUCCGAAAAAAAGAAACACUGAAACAUUCAUCACGAGAUUGACGUGAAAAGAAACAUAAAAAUGAAAAAGUUAACGACUGUUGCCCUCGAGCUAUUGAUGUAUUGGCUACUGGUGCAGCCGUCCAGUCAAGCGUCAAUGCAAGCUGCCACAGUGUCAUCACCAGGGAGCAGAGGUCGUCCAGCAAAGAAUAAUACCACUGAGACAAACAUCUGUGAUCUCAAGCUGGAAAAAGCCCCAGUAUUCUGUCACUGCGAUACAAUCGAUUUGCACAGAGCAACGGAAAGCAAAUGUGUGGUACUUGAUGUACUCAAAGUCGACGAUCCCAUUUGGGAAAUCAUUGCAAUGUCACAACCAAAACUACAGAAUCUCGAGCUCGUUGUGAGAGCUGGCAGUGAUAUGAGUUACGUACCCACUAAGACACUCAGAGUACUCAGAAAUUUGACUCGCAUUGAACUCAAAGAUGCUAAUAUCGGGGAACUCGUUGAGAAGGCGUUCAGUGAUAUUCAGAGUCUCACUGCUAUACACGUCAGAAGAUGUUCAAUAGUUCACCUGAAAAAAUAUGCUUUUGGAAAUAUGACGAAACUCGAUGCCAUUUUUCUCGAUGAAAAUCGCAUUCACGAGAUCAACAGAGACGUAUUUGUAAAUCUUCCAUCCCUUAAGAAACUCGUGAUAAACAAAAAUAACUUGACACUGAUUCACGACAAGGCACUAAAACACUUGUCAACUCUGGAAGUCCUCGAGUUGAGGGAAAACAAAAUAUCCGUGAUAACGAGUGACACAUUUGCGGGUCUGAAGAGUCUCAAACACCUCAGCCUCAGUGGCAAUGUCAUAGAGAUGAUCGGUGAUAAAACAUUUGUAGAAGUUCCAGAGCUGCAAGUGCUUGAGUUGGAUCAGAAUAAGAUUGAAUUCGUCGUGAACGGUGCACUCGAGGGAUUGAGAAAUCUACGAAAAUUGAGUCUGAGUGAUAAUAAACUUGUUAGACUGGGAACCGACAUUUUAUCUGGCACACCAUCGCUUAAUUUUCUCGAUCUCAGGAGCAAUGCACUCAAGACUAUAACUUUCGAGCACAUCAAGCCAAUCUUGCAAGAGUUGUAUAAUGCUACGGGUCAUUUGUACUUGGAUGAUAACAAGUUCAUCUGUGACUGCAGACUGGCGUGGAUAUUCGGGGUCAGGAAUGAAACUUCUAACAAAGUUCUGAGGGACUCACUGGGAUCACUCACUUGCUUCCUGGAGAGCCAGGACGAAAAUAUCGACGAUUACGACGUUGAGAAUAAUGAGACGGGUAUCGAAGUCAAACAGAAUUCAGGCGAGUCCUACGAAAUCAGCAAGAAAGAAAAUGCUGAGAACGAAGACGAGGACGAGACCGAGGACGAAAAUAAUCCGAAUUCUGAAUCCGAAGGUGGAAAGUUGCAGAAAAUUGAUGGAAAGCUGGGCUACAUCAAGCACAUAUCGGACCUGAAAUUCGACGAUCUGCCGUGUCCAGAGCAGCAGGAGGCAGUGGGAUCUGAGCAGUCAUCUAGUCGCCGGGAAAACGCACCGAUGCAGACGUCAUCAGGGAUCAAGACACAAAUUACUCUAUCGUCGUGCGUUCAACUUGUCAUUACAAUCGUUGCACUAGCUGUCAUGUGAAUUUUAAUCGAGAGAACGGAAGAAACAGUAUUUAUCCAUUGUUCCCAUCCCCCCCUCCCCCACGAAAGUUGCCAAAACCUUAUUUGUCAUUGUACUAUUAAGUCUGAUGAGAAAUUAAUGAAUAAGUUCACUUUGUAUUAAAUUUACUUUUUCUACGCGCAUUUAUUUUUCAUUUUAGGUAAAAUAAUCACAGAUGACUAUGAUACUCAAACCUGUUGCAGUUGUGCAACGACUUUUGUAACUUUAUUGGUAAAUAAUUUAUUAAUAAAUUAAUUAAUAAAUAUUAAGGUGCAAAAAGUUUCUGAUGAGUUUUAGUAGGAAGAAGUUUGGCAGCCUGCUUUUUAAUUUUCUCUUCUGAGAGAAAUUAUUCUGGGAUUUUUGGAAAUUCCAGGCAAUUACUGAUUUAUUUCAUGUGCCUGGAGCCUAGACAAAUUUCA